AUGAACCUGAAUUUGCUUCCUGAAGCACUUGUCUUCGAAAUCUGCAAUUACCUGGACAUUUUCACUCUUGUCGCCUUCUCUGAUUGUUCUAACCCAAGUCUAAAACUUAUCAAACCCGGGCUUUUACCGAUCACACGACCCAUCAUUCAGGUUGACACAUCACUAAGAAGUCUGGCGACAACGCGAUCGUCCUUCUGGAUAUACACACUUAGUCAUUGCAAUCUGGUUCUACCUUGUAUCGGUGACAAGCGACUUCAUGAACACGAUGCACGCGAACUUCAUCUCGCAGCCCACCGAGCCGUGUUCAUCGAGCGCAAUCUUACCUCGGACAGCCCAGCGUUGCGCUCGUGGUCCAGAAUCGAGUGGCCUUAUCCUCUCGCCGACGGUGUGCAUGAGACAGAGUACAGUAGUGAAGAAACCUGCAGCGAGGUGACGACGACAUACCUCGUGGACGAUAUGGCGGAUUGGAUGAUCUUUGUCUCGUCGAAUAAUAUCCUCCGUAUCGUCUUUGUGCGUACAGGCAGAGUGGGAUUGAUCUGGGAUGGUGCGAGGUUCACCCCAGAGUACCGCGAACGUUACGACGUCGUGAUCAAAUGGGCCAUACGUUAUGCUUAUAUGGAUAACGUGAAGAUUGUCGCGUCAAUGGUUAUGAACUGCUGUCUCGAGACCGAAAAUGGUAUCCGGGCGGGCAUCCGCCGUAUAGAGCUUGUAAUGAACCUCCAAGAUGGAACGGCAUCCGUUGAAGUUCUUGGGGACUAUGAAACCCCGACUAUAUCUUCAUAUCUCAAUCUGAUUGGAGACCUUGUCGUGAUGGUCAUCCCACGCUCAAGCUCCCUUACCGACAGGUUUGGAGAUGUUUAUAUGCUGAAAUGGUCGACUAGAACGCUCGUCACACUCCCACACAUGUAUCCUUCUUUGCGAAUCGGACUGUACAAAGAAUAUUUCAUUAACGUUGGGUUGACUCCCACAAGGCAAAUAGUGGCUCAAGUUGUGCCAUUCUCGACGGAUGAUCUAUCGCUGGCUGAGGCCAGCAAUGCCACAAUGCCAUUCCCUGACUCCCCCCUACCAGUUUUAACUAUCCUAUUCCAUACAACGGUCCAACCAAGUUCUCAACAAGCCGCUCCUGUCGCAUUGGGCACAUGUAUACUGGUAGACAGAUUGGAAGUCAUUUUCGACUUUACAUUCGACUUUUACGGUCUACGCAUGGCACUACAGAAGAUGCGUCUGUACGGCACAGCAGUCAAGCAGGAGUUCGAAGGCGAGCCCGAGCUUUUUCGAACUCUUGAAGAGUCGAAUCUCCGUCACCGUCCCGUGCCCACAUCGUCUGUACGGCGCUUAGUGUGGUGUAGACAGACGGCACCAGAGACCAAUGCGUCUACCGACACUUCGCCCAUUCCCUCCAGCCCAGAUCACAAGGGGAGACAAAGGUUCCGAUUGUUGACCCUUCGGAUUGACGACCUGGCGUCGGCGUCGCGGAUUUUUCCAGAAGUCGGGACUUCUUUCAGAGCCCACCUCGAUAUCGAGGAAGAGCACCCCCCAGAGUCGGCCUGUGCUGUACAGAUCAAGGCUUCAAAAGAGCUCCAGCUUCCCACAGAGUUGGCUGAGAGUACCACCGACGUAUACGUCUUCCUUCUACUAGAAAGCUCUGGGACAGCGGUGGUCCAACUACGAUCGGGAGAAUUGUGGGUACUACGGUAUGGAAAGGCGUAG